AUGCAGAAGAGCUGAAGGCCACUAUCAGAGCAACCUGGGCUCUCAUAACACCUGAGCAGUGCCACAGACUGAUCGACUCCAUGCCACGCCGCAUUGCUGCAGUAAUUCAGGCAAAAGGAGCCCCAACUAAGUAUUGAGUGCUGUUUCAAAGGCAGCAGAAGAAUCAGGAAAUGAGUGUCCUCGCUCAGGGACUGACUCCACUUGACCCAGUUGCUGUGGCUGAUAUGCAGCUUCCUCCGCCGAGGGAAAAAUUAAAUGAAGCGCCAUCGACAUCAGGCCCAAAGCAUAAUUUCAUCCUUCCGCCAAAUCGAGAAGGACAGGCUCCUCGUCUGCGACCAGGUCGACGGCCUGCUGCUGCCACCAGGGAGUGCCCCAUCACACAUGCCCCCACAGCAUCAGGAGAUGUGCAACCCAUCUCAGCACCUGGGUCAUUGUUAGGCACACUAGUCCUUAACCCAGACAUGACUGUGACAAUGGUCAUUCCAUCUUCUGGUGCUUCGACAUCCAGUGCAGGCCCCGCUCCACCUGCUUCUGUGUCUACUCCUGCAUCUGCUGCUCCUAUGUCCCGUUACACCCAGAGGAACCGGCGCCGGCGGUCCCUGGAGAAGGAAAGCGGAGUCCAUAAGAGGAAAUAUGUGCGAGGGGUUACUUUUAACAUGUGCAGCAAAUGUGGGCAGCCUAAAACUAAAGAGUUUGGCCAUAGCCAAUAUGGCAAUGCCACAUUUUGCUUGCGUUCCUCAAAUGGGAAAUCUUUAGAUGACUGGUUGGCAGAACAGCGUCAGCAAAAUAAACCCCAAACUCCACCUCCUCAAUAAAUAACAUCUUUCCUGUAUAUAUUUCAUGGGCCCAUGUGUUCAUUUUCUCCUGUUUUUAUUUUGUAUAUAUUACAUGGG